CCCACACCCACACCCCACGCUGACUCAGGUCCCCACAAACCAACCUGCCUUAGUGCCUUAACAGUAGUGCCUAGCGCGUAGCUGCGUACAUAUGCAACGCCAACUGCAACCGCAAGCAGCGCCAGUCGAAAAUCAAAUCGACAUCACUUCAAGUCCAACACCAACACCAAUUCAAGAAAGACGGACCAAAAAGCUUACUAACAACAAACCAAACACCCGUAUCCCAUCCCAGCCAUGUAACAUUUAUCCCCAUCCCAUCCUAUCCCAUUCCCCCUCCCAGCCAACCUGGAUAAACGAAACCGAAAAAUCCCACCGCCCCUGACUCGACACAACCGACCGUUCC